GAUGCAUACAGAUUAUGCCUUCGGACUCACUCGUCAACAGUCCGUCAUCCUUUUCACAAUGCGUAUUCUGAUCCCAGUCUUUGCCGUUUUUUUCUGCGGUCCCGUUUGGAGUAAGCACCUGGAGGCUGAUCAGGACACCUCGGUACCUGAGGGAUGGACCCACGCUGGGCGGGUGGCCUCCUCGGACCAGGUGGAGCUGACGUUCGCCCUGAAGCAGCAGAAUGUGGACCAGCUGAGGCAGCUGCUGGAACAGGUGUCAGACCCAGACUCGCUGAACUACGGGAAGUUCCUGUCUCUGGAGGAAGUGGCAUCCCUGGUGCACCCCUCUGAGUUGACCCAUAAGGUGGUGCAGAGCUGGCUGCAGCAUCAUGGGGUCAAGGAGUGCCGGACGGUCGCCACACAGGACUUUCUGCAGUGUGACAUGACAGUGCAGGUGGCAGAGACUCUUCUCCCAGGCAGUGAGUUUCAUCGCUACAUGAAAGGCCAGCGCUCUCUAGUGAGGUCGCCAACCCCGUACUCCAUUCACAAGGACCUGUCCCAGCACUUGGACUUUGUGGGAGGUGUGCACCGCUUCCCACCUGAGAUGCAGGCUGUCAGCCGAGCAUGGACCAAUGAGAAACAGCCAGAGGUUGGCUUCCACCUGGGCGUGACGCCCACAGUGCUCAGGAGUCGUUACAACCUGACCGCAGCAGAUGUGGGUUCAGCAGAGAACAACAGCCAGGCAGUGGCACAGUUUCUGGAGCAGUUCUACCACCCUGCGGACCUGGCAGAAUUCAUGUCGCUCUUUGGCGGAGGGUUUAAGCACAUGUCCUCAGUGGCGCGGGUGGUGGGUACCCAGGGUGGGGGCAAGGCGGGGCUGGAGGCCAGCCUGGAUGUGGAGUACAUCAUGAGCACUGGAGCCAACAUCUCCACAUGGGUUUUCACUAACCCAGGUCGCCACGAGUCCCAAGAGCCCUUCCUGCAAUGGAUGCUGCUUCUCAGCAACAUGUCUGAGGUGCCCUGGGUCCACACCAUCAGCUAUGGUGAUGAUGAGGACAGCCUGGCGGUUGCCUACAUGGAGCGCAUCAACAAUGAGUUCAUGAAGGCUGGGGUCCGUGGCAUCUCCAUGCUGUUUGCCUCUGGUGAUAGUGGAGCAGGCUGCAGACAUUUGACCAAAGGAAACAAUGCAUUCAGGCCCAGCUUUCCUGCAUCCAGUCCCUAUGUGACCACAGUGGGUGGGACUUCCUUCAAGAACCCUUUCAAGCUGACCUAUGAGGUUACAGACUACAUCAGUGGGGGUGGCUUCAGCAACGUCUUUCCAAUGCCUGACUAUCAGGUCAGCACAGUGAAUGCAUACCUGAAGGCCAUGCAUGUCCUGCCUCCCACUACCUACUUCAACACCAGUGGCAGGGCCUACCCAGACAUGGCCGCCCUUUCUGACAACUACUGGGUAGUGACCAACAGAGUACCCAUCCCCUGGGUGUCUGGCACCUCGGCCUCUACUCCGGUGGUUGGAGGAAUCCUGUCCCUGAUAAAUGACCAGCGUCUCCUCAAAGGCCUGCCCACCCUCGGCUUCCUCAACCCCCGCCUGUACAGGCUACAAGGCCAGGCUCUCUUUGACGUAACAGAAGGUUGCCACUUGGGCUGCUUGGAUGAGCAGGUGGAGGGGAAGGGUUUCUGUGCUGCACCGUCCUGGGACCCCGUCACUGGCUGGGGGACCCCCAAUUACCCGGCUCUGCUGGCAGCCCUCCUGGAUUAGCGACACACCAGCCGGGCACCACACCCAUUUUCUGAUGCAAGCUCACACCACUCCUUCUUUCACCCCCCCCCCCCC